AUGAUUCAGUACUUACCUAUAUUCAAGAAAAUGCUGCAGAAGUAUCCAGGCAGAAACAGAGAAAGACAAAAUGCUCUUGUCACUGAAACAGGUGAUAGUCCAGGGAUGGCCAAGGGAAUGAUCACAGGUGCAAGAGGAGAUACACAUGAUGGCUACAAAGUAAGACUAAGUAUAAAAACAGCCCUUGGUAAAGAUGCAUAUCAGUGGAAUGAAGAUGAAAAGUUUUUAUUCAGAGCAACCAUUGCAUUUGCAAUGAGGGCAUACACAAAAGAUGAAUCUUACAAUGUUUCUAGCGUGUUAAUUUGCAACGAAACACAGAGGGUUUCCUUUUGGAUACAGGUAAAGAGACCCAAUACAGCAAUACCUGUCCAACAAGAUCUGCUUGAGAAGGCUAUAAUAUCAUCUAGAAACAGAAUCAACAGUGCAUUUUUAUUGAGUGACAAAACCUUGGAGUUUGUAGGGAUCACUUCUACUUUACCGUCUCCAAUUGAACCCUCGUAUCCAGUGUGGCUUGUUGUAUUUGGUGUUGUAAUUGGAAUAGUGACAUUAGGUAUUAUCGCAAUUAUUGUAUCUGGAGUGCUGGCAAAAAAGAGGAAGAUAAAGGAAAUUGAAGAUGGUGAUGAACUGGAAAAAGAAGACAAUAUUGUAGAAAAUGGAAUUUACUGUGGUGUUCUUGAAAUAAAGGAAGGUGUAAACAAUGGUGCAUUUGCCCAUGAAGAUGACAGCCUCACAAAAUUAUAAAGACUAAAUUAACCUGAAGCCUUAAAUAAGCUUGAUUUCUGUGUUUAAGCUGGUAUGUUAAAAUACAGUGAGUCCCCUUUUUUGGGAAUCCCAUAUUUCAAAAUGUAAGUACUGACAUAUUGUAAUGUUAUGAAAAACUGUUAAGAGUGGAUUAUUUAUUGGUUUAAUGUAGAUUUCAUGUUUUCAACACUGGUAAUUGUUACUUUUGAAGCUUUGUUAAUCUUUUUAUUUUUUUUUAGAUUGAUCCAAAAAAAAAUCAUAAAGAUCUGUCACAACAACACAGGUGUAGUUAAAAUGUUUGAACCAUGUUCCCAGCGUUUUGUGAGAUCAUUUGUUAGACAGAUUCAAUAUGAUAUUCAACACAGGCCAUAAUUUGUAAAUUAUUGAAUACAUGAGUAUAAAAAUCU